AUGGGCAUGCUAGUUGAGGAAUCGAAGUUGCUACACGAGUUGUGUCUGUUGGAUCAAUUUAUCAAUGCGCUCUUUUAUGCCUUGGUUUAAAUUGAGUAGUAUGAAUGGUCAGACGCUUGCUACUGGUGGUUAUUUUUUAAACCAGAUAGUUUGAUGCACCAGUGCAGUAUGUUUUCCUGCUGAACUAAAUGGAAAUGUUCAGUGUAAACACUACAACACAGAGAGAACGUGUCUGGCAGUGUACUUGUCUCACCCUGGUCAUCUUAUUGUGUCCACUCCCAAUGUCCAGUGGGACCCUGAUAAAUGGCAGGUUACUGGGAGGCAUACUGGACGACAUAGCUGACAAUGGACUGGGAGUGUCAGAUAUGCAGGCAGAGUAUGAUGCUCUAAAGUACACAAACAGUCCUUUAGAUGGAGCUGGCAUCUCUAAACAGCUUGCAAAUUCGAUUAGUGCCCAGAUCCAAGGAGCUGAAGCAGCAUUGAAGGGCCUGGUAAAUGUAAUAGAAGAGCAGUACUCGUCUUUCUCUGGGGAGAACCAAUAUACACAGUGUUGUGAGAUUACAGAUACCAAUGAUGACCCUAGAUAUAAAUCAGAGGUAAACUUUGACAAGGCCUGUGUUACAAUAGCAGGCCAGAGUUCAGUCAAUAAAAAAUUCCCCACGGCAAGGAUUGUUGAAGUGAUGAAGGAAAACGUCCGCAUCAAUCCAAAUCUGAAGUGGCAGUACUUUGGAGGAGAAGAUGGUAUACUUCUUAAUUAUCCUGCAGUGAAAACUACAGAUGUGCCUGACUGUGAUAGUUAUGAUCCUAGGUUCAGGUCUUUCUAUGCAUCUGCAGUGUCUCCCGUGCCAAAAGAUGUUGUGUUGGUCCUGGAUACAUCAGACUCAAUGAGAACUUUGCACAAUGGCAAGACCUUGAUGGAGUUAGCUAAGCAGGCUGCAAGAACUGUUCUUGAUUCCCUGGGUCCCAACGAUCAGAUUGGUCUGGUGUCAUUUGCCUCCUCUGCCUCUACCCCAGUGCUGGCAGAGAGCACCUGUUAUACCACCACUUUAGCUGCAGCCACACCAUCAAACAUUCAGAACUUGAAGAAAUACUUGGACAGUCUCAGGGCCACGGGAGGAAGAAAUUAUGAAGCUGGGCUGAAAAAGGCUUUUUCUUUCUUCAGAAGUUCAAAUGGAACUGUUAGAGACCAGGUGCUACUAUUUCUGGCAGCAGGUGGCAGCAGUGAAGGCAGUGAUCCAGUCAGCACAAUUAGGGAUGAAAAUGCUGCUCUGGAGAAUAAAGCUUUAGUCCUCACAUUCGGUCUGGGAAAAUCUGUCGCUGGUAGUGUGCAGACGACACUUCAAAAUAUGGCCGUCCAGACACAAAGCAGGAUGUCUGCUGGAGAAGUCAAGAUGGGGACAUUCACUAUUGUUGAGAACCCAGAUGAUCUCUCUGUUGCUAUGGCAACGUACUAUAAAUUCUUCCACUCUCCCAGUCAGGGUGUCAGUAAUCCAGAGAUCUCUGCCCCACACAGGGAUAUGUUGGAUAAAGGUCUCAUCACCUCCAUCUGCUUGCCUGCAUACCACAGUGGCCGACUAAUUGGUGUAGCUUGCUCUGAUGUUGCCAUGAGUGAACUCCUCUCUGAAGCCACCUAUUUUGACAAGGGUGAACUGAGCUAUGCCUUUGUUAUCAAUGGCUAUGGCAGGACAUAUUCCCACCCUCUGCUGCCAAGACCCUAUGAUGACCCAGAUGAUCCCAUCUUUGUGGAUAUUCAUCAUUUGGAGAGGGCACCUGCUGCGAAAGCAGUGAUUAGCUCCAUGAUCAGAGGCGAGGAGGGUAACAGCAGCUUUGUUUCCACCAGAACACAGGCCAGAGGAGAUGUGUUCAGAGAAGGUGUCAGCAUAACAAAUGUCAUGUCACAUUACUACUGGGCACCAGUUGCAGGCAGUGCCUGGUCUGUGUGUGUGGUGAUAUCAGAUGGUAGCAAGAAUACAGAAAUCUCCCCUCCUACUGUGCUGCCAUCUAUGUUUACAUACCACAGACUUGAUCUGAAGUCGGCUUCCAGCCCAUGCAAGCACUUCUUUAAGUAUGCAACCAAAGACUCUAGUGCAGUGAUGCUCACCCCAGGGGCCUUCAGACAGCCAUAUCACUAUCUGAACACUGAGGAAACAGCCACCAAUGUCACACAAUAUGAGAGAUAUCUCACAGGACAGAGCUCACAAAACCCUGGCUUGAAGAACUCAGUCCUGGGCAGUGUGGCAGCCACUUACAAAGCAGAAGUCAUCUGGAGGAAGAAACGUGCGGACUACAUAACCUGGAGGUCUAUAGGCACCAUGGACGGUGUAGUCAGAGUAUUCCCUGGGACACAGCUGGCUAAGAGUUAUGACCACACCAGGACUGAUUGGUUCCAGAGGAGCUUGAUGGACAAAGGUAAAAAUGUGGUGUCUGCACCGUAUCUGGAUCCAUGGGGUUCUGGCUAUGUGAUAACACUGAGCAGGACUUUAUAUGAGGCAAAAGCUGACAGGCAACACACUCCCAGUGACAAUAUAGUGGCGGUGAUGAAGGCAGAUUUCACACUGUAUUACCUCUACCAGGCCAUACAGGACAACUACACAUAUUGCAGCCUGUCUUCCUACAG